AUGGCUGAAGUUCUGGAGCAGUUCUUGGUGUGUGUGGGGCUCCUGGUGUGCCUGCUGUGCCUGGGCAAGUGCCUGGGACUCUGCAGACGCGUGCUCCCGAGCUACUGGCCGGCUUUGCCUGGUGGUUUCUUGCGGUCCAUGGGACAAUGGGCAGUGGUCACUGGAGCGGGAGACGGGAUUGGAAAGGCAUAUUCCUUGCAGUUAGCAAAGCAAGGACUCAACGUUGUGCUAAUUAGCCGGACGCUGGAAAAGCUGCAGGCCGUUGCCACGGAGAUCGAGCGGACCACGGGGAGGAGCGUGAGGAUUAUACAAACGGACUUCACCAGGGCCGAUAUCUAUGAGUCUAUUCAAGAAGAGCUUGCAGGUUUAGAAAUCGGAAUUUUAGUCAACAACGUUGGAAUGCUGCCGAGCCUCCUCCCCACACAUUUCCUUAACACAGCGGAUGAGAUCCAGGGCCUCAUCCAUUGUAACAUCACCUCAGUUAUGAAGAUGACGCAGCUUGUUCUGAAACACAUGGAGUCGAGGCGCAAAGGCCUCAUCCUGAACAUCUCCUCGGGGGUGGCGCUGUUCCCUUGGCCUCUCUAUUCCCUCUACUCAGCAUCCAAGGCUUUUGUGUGCACAUUUUCCAAGGCACUGAGAGCCGAGUAUAAAGACAAAGGAAUCAUUAUCCAGGUGCUGACGCCCUAUGCGGUCUCGACCUCCAUGACAAAGCAUCUAAACACCAACGCGAUCACCAAGACAGCUGACGAGUUUGUGCAGGAGUCGCUCAACUACAUCACGAGCAGAGAUGCAGUCUGCGGCUGCCUUGCCCAUGAACUCUUGGCGAGCUUCCUGGGCCUGAUCCCGGCCUGUAUCUUCUACAGCAGCUGGUCCCAGAGACUGCUCCUGACACACUAUACGGAGUACCUGAAGCAGAAUGCCCGGGCCCACUGAGGGGUGGCCACAGGGGACCUGGACGAGCAGCACAGCACCCUGAAUCCCCU